UUUUCAAACAGUGUUUAUUAGUAAAAUACACAAAUCAAUAUCAAUAAUGCAAAUAUAUAGAUAAUACAUGUUAGCAAUACUAAACCGAAAAGUGUGGGUAUAAUAAUAAGCAAUAAUAAACAAGCUCUAACAAUGUCUAGUGGAUAAUGAAUUGUCAUAUGUGAAUAUAACGUACAGUUCAGUUCAUACUUGCUGAGGUAGAUGUUGGUCGUUGUGUUGUAAUUGUUGGAGAGAGAGAGAGAGAGCAAGAUGUAACAGCUACAGGCAGGCAAACCUUACUUUACGUUGUUGAUCCGUCGAUGUCUUGUGGCCAUUCAGGUGUGACCCCGCUGUCCUUCUGUGGUGGACUCGUCACUCUGGCAUGAGUGGGCACACAGACAAGCCCCCACCCGCCCUGCUAUAGCACUGUGUGUUAAACUGACUGAUCCUUUGUUCGGUCUCCGAUGCCCCAAACCUUCACGUGGGUUCCAACACUCAAGCAGUGCUCAAUAGUGUGUUCCUGGUGUGUCUGAAGGGAGGCUCCCCAGACCUCACUUUUAUCGCUUCUCACGGGGUCUCAGUUGUCCAUCAAUUUUGAAUGACUGUGUCCAUCAAACCAGCCCACUCCAGCUGUCCACUGAGGAAUUUUAAUGAACAGAAUGGUACAAGGUGAACAACCCUCUCAGAAGCCAUACGACUUUCAGAAGUCAGAAUAUGGUGGAUCAACAAGUCUCACUCCCCUGCUUUAUCUCUCUCUCUUAUCUGUAGCAGAUGUUCCAAUUCCAGCAUGUUUUCUCUUACAUCUCUCUCUCUCAUUAACAGCAUAGCAACAGUAACGGUUUGUGAUUCUCCAAAAGGCGGGGGGGGGGGAGAUGGGCAACUCUGCACCCUUCUGCCCAUCAGAGCUGUUCAUCCUUCGUAACACUGGCAAGUCCACAUCUGACAUGUGGAGGGUGUUUAAAGUCCAUCUGCACGGAGUAUAGGGUAUUUUGAAGUACGGGAGGAGACAGUGUUGGGUCUCUAUGUUCGGUGCUCAGUGACGCUCUCUUGCACUCCGCUGUUGGAGUGCGUGGUUAUGUGAGUUCUUGCCGCUUUCCUGUCGGAUUUAAUCAGUCUGCCCAAUCUCACUGAGCUCUCUCCUUAACGGGGCCUUUAGAACCGUUGUUCACUGGAUUUUCCUUUGGUUUGAUUCCGGACCAUUCUCAGUAAACUGAGAGAUUUACACUUGAGAAUCCAAGCUGCUGAUCAGUUUCCGUAACACUCAGACCACCCGGUCUGGCACCAGCGAUCAUUCCCCGGUCAACGUCACUUACAUCACAUUUAUUUCCUCUUCAGAUGUUUGGCCUGAAUAACAACUGAACCCGUUGACCAUAUCUGCAUGUGUUUGUGCUUUGAGUUGCAAGCAGAUGAUUAACAGAUUCACAUUAAUGAGCUGGUAUAGAGUUGUACCUAACAAAGAGGCCAUUUAAAACAUUUCCCAUUUAAGCAAACCCUCACCCAUCUCGAAUAUGCACACGGAUGAGAUCUGGGCCUGAUUGUUGAUGAUUUGCAUGUUUGUAAUAACAGGUUGUCGCUGGCAAGGCAGUGGACAGAACACUGUUAUAAGGUGGGGAAUAUCUGGAGAGAGAGACCCGUCACUGUUCCCUCUAAACUGCGCGUCUGCAUAACCACAAUGCUCCCACGAACGGAGCCUUUGUUGCAGCGCAGAUGGAAUUAAACACUGUUGUAUAAACGUUUAUGAAACCUGAAAGUUUUUCUUUGUUGUACUGCAUUUUUAUCCUAUCCUUUAAUUAGUAAUUAAAAUCAAUAGCAUGUUUUUUUUCUCUUGUGUGUCUUAAUCCUAAAAUAUUCAUGGAUGCAUUUUACAAAAGAGGACGCAUCUAUGGUGUUGUGCUUUUCUCAGUCCGUGUGAAAAGUUCCGUCUCAGAGCAAUGGCUGAUCCACGCAGCUGCAAAAAUAGUCAUUAGAUGGAACAUUGGAGACCGACCCACAUUACAUUCUAUGCAUAUUAAUCACAAUUGAAUAUGGUACAUUAUCGUGCUUCCUGUUAUAGAGGAGAUGUUAAAAGUCAAUAGAGUGGACAAAACAGUUUCACCGGGAGCCUCUCUGGUAUCCAGGAAAUAGUAAUGAAUAACGCAAGAAAAAUUAAUAAUAAUUUCGCCUUGUCCGUAGGAGCCUACUUUAAGGCAAUGAUGCUCAGGUGCUUAACAAUAUAGAACUAAUUCUGAGCAGCGAAUAACUAGACGGUCCAUUUGCUAUAAAUUCAAGAGCUUUUCGUUUUCGUUUCUCUACAGAUCACUAUUAAUGCCCCGAUAAUCACUUUUACUAUCUUUUCAGAACACUGUGUGUUGUACCUCCCCCAUUAUAGGUAUGAGCAAGGAUGCGAUCUGGGCCAAAUUGCACAAUUAAGCGUUCACCAUAUCACGCACCAUCCUGCAUAAUCCCAGUUCUGAUACUGGGUCUUCCACAGUGUCUUUUUCCACAGAUGCAAUCUGCUGCACCGAGUUUCCAGCACUAUAAGGGGAUGCAGGAAUAUGGCAUUGGGGCAAAACAAAAUCAACCAUGUUUGAAUGAUGGAGGAGACUCGAUGGAAUGAAUCACUUCAUUCUGCUCUGAUAUCUCAUCAUGACUGAAUGAUCAGUCCUUCGUAUCCCGUAUCCGGAUUUGUGACGUGUGAGGGAAAAUUAAUGAUUUGUUCCAUGAGAUCCUUUUAUUUGUCUUCAGCGUUUAAACCUCAGUGAGAUUCGCUUUUGAAAAAAUUGAGCAGAAAUAUCGUUUCUCCUUUGUAUUGUUAAUGUGCUUCAUUAUCUCUCUGGUUAAAGUUAGACCUGCGGUGAGAGAUUUAUUGGAAGAAAAGCCGACAGCUGGAAAGUCACGAAUGAGAACGAGGGAACAGCGACAAGUGAACCAGCCCGAGGACUGAGAGUACCAACUGAAGAGAAACCUCUGACUCAGAGUUUUCAUUGAUUCAGUCAGGAGAAAGUCUGGUGAGUCUCAUUCACUCGAACACUGGUCCUGUAAACAUUACAGACCUUUACAAAGGAAGGUACGAAAUAGGUGGAAUGCCUCUGUCAGAACAAGUUGCAAUCACUCCAGGUCUGGUAAUGUGCUUUCAGAAGCCCAGCUCUUUAAAGUCACUCACAUUCUCUGAGUGUUUGCUCAUUUGAAGGUGCUGCAUCAUCUGAAGUAGAUUUUGGUUAGUUCUGAUGUUUCCUCGUUACGUUAUAAUCAGCUUAAAAUGCGUUGACAAUUUCCUCCCUUUAUAAGCCCCAACUGUGUCAUGUUGUAGUGAUUGUAGAAAUGUGGAAUUACCAUGAACUGCAGCAACAUGCCCUUGAUCCCAUUGGCUAUUGCAAUCUGCAGUGAUAUACUUACCCUCGAAUAUAUCGUCGCGUAGGCUUCUGCAGAGAACAGACCAUUUAUAAAGGAAAAUAUCCCAACACUGCAUUUUAUUCAGUCCAAACUAGCACAUGGCAACCCAUAAUUUAGCUUGACAGACCUUGGCCUCAUCAAGUACUUUUCUGCUAAUUACAUUGUCAAAACCUGUGAAGAUGACAUGAAGCAGAGGUGGAAAUUCAAAGUUAUGCUCCCAUGGCAGCUUGGUCUCGAUGAUCAGGUUCCAUGCUGUCCGGAGAGAGCAAAUUGGAUGUAUUCAAAAUUAGCUUCAAGGUAGCAAGCAAAGAGUGGUGGUUGAAGAUUUCUCCUCGCAAUGGAGGCGUGUAAUUAGCAGUGUGCCGUGGGGCUACAAGUUGGGACCUUUGAUAUUCGUUAUUUUAUAGCAAUGAUUUGGAUGCGGUUGCACAAGGAUUACUUGACUGGUAAGUUCGCAGAAAGCACAACGUUAGUAUUUGUUGUUCACAGAGAAGAUUAUCGUAGCAUCUAGGGGAUCUAAAUGGACAGGGUCUGGUAAAGAGAUUGCAAACCCAAUCUGAUCAGCAGCGGAUUCAUGCAGAUGUUGGGGAUCAUGUGGAGGAAACAGCCAGAGGAAGUGGAUGAGGCAGGUGCAGUUCCAUAAAUCAAAAAGCAGUUGGGGUGUGUAGAUGGAGUGAAGAGGUCAGAAGGGAGAUGGCCCUAUCACAGGAAAUUCUGACCAUCUCAGUGGGCACUGUGGUUGGCAUUGUGUCGUUGGGCUGAACGCUCUGAAUUUGCAUUUUCUUGCUCUGUGACUCUGUCAGUAGAUGCGCCAGGUAUCAGUGGACAGAUAUGGUGUGGAAGUGGUUACUAACAGGGAAUGUUUGGUCCCCAUGCCAAAUGCUACAAGGGAUGGAAAUACUGUCAUAUUUGCAAAGUAGUCGUACUCUCUGACUCACUGUCUGCUUGUUGUGAAAUUUAGAGCCUCACCAGCAGGUGGAGCUGUCCUGCAGAGCGACCAAAGUGUAAACAAGACGACGACAAUCAACAAUCGUCAGUCAGAAUCAGAAUGGACAAAGAGCCAGAGUUUACAAUCUCCGACCUCCUGGCACAGGGGGAGGAAUAUCGACUGUACCAACUGACAAAGUUCUACAGGGACAGACUCAAACAAGCAAUUGAAGAAAAGGUUGAGAGACUGGGUUGGAUGUUGACAAAGGAGGGACAUUUCAGUAGAGAAGAAAAUGAGAAAGUCACUGAGCUGAUAGAGAAGGGAAACCGGGCAGAGAGUUCCAGACUCUUCCUCAGUCUGGUGAAUGGCAAAGGCUCCCGGGCCCGGAGGGCGAUGUGGGAAUCCUUUCUGACGUGGAGGACUGAGUUACCGAAGUUGGACAGAAUACUGAGGGAAAUACAGGAACUCGGUCCUGAUCCACAAGAAUACAUGAACAUCGGCCAAGGUUUAUCUGAAUUACCCCCUCAGCUGAUAGAUGUCCAACAGAAACACAAGGAGACUCUGCGGACACGAACUGAAACACUGAGAGUGAACACGAUCCUGAUGACGGAGAAGGUGAAGGUUUUCCAGCUGGCUGAUCGAUACGCUGAGCUCACGGUUAUUUCUACUGUUCGAGAUCGGACACUGGUGGAACAUGAGCUGCUGGCAAGAGGCAGAGACCAUGAGGAUUAUAGAGAGAAACAACUCCGCAGUCAGCUGGAAAAAAUCCGUACUGAUCAGUUAUUCCAGAGCUGCUUUUCCCGGAGUAAAUCCAAAUCUGGGAGUUCAGCAGCAGUGGCCGGAGUCCCGGGGAUCGGGAAAACAACGAUGGUACAAAAGAUUGUUUAUGACUGGGCCAUGGGGAAAAUAUACCGACAAUUCCAGUUUGUCUUCAGUUUCAAAUUCCGAGAUUUAAACACCAUUAAUUGUAGAAUAAACCUGAGGGAACUGAUUCUGGAUCAGUAUUUUUACUUUGGGAAUUUCCUGAGAGAGGUGUGGAAGAAUCCAGAAGGAUUACUGUUUAUAUUCGAUGGUUUGGAUGAAUUCAAACACAAAAUCGAUUUUGCAGACAGUCGGAGAGAUACAGAACCCAAGCACCAGUGCCCAGAUCCCGAGUGGAGGUGUGAAGUGUCUGACAUUGUGUACAGUUUAAUCCAGGGCAAGCUGCUCCCAGGGUGUUCAGUGCUGGUGACCACCCGCCCCACUGCGUUACAUUUAUUGGAAAAGGCGGAUAUCAGUGUCUGGGCUGAAAUCCUGGGAUUUGUUGAUGAGGAACGGAAGGAAUAUUUCAUCAGACAUUUUGAAGAUCAGACGGUGGCGGAAGCUGUUUUCAAUUAUGUGAAGGAGAACGAGAUCCUGUACACCAUGAGCUACAACCCCUCCUACUGCUGGAUCCUCGCUCUGGCACUGGGCCCCUUCUUCACACAAAGAGUCAGGGACCCACAGCGAGUUCCCAAGACCAUCACCCAACUGUACUCCUACUAUAUUUACAACAUCCUGAAAAACCACGGCCGUGAGAUUGAGAGACCCCGUGAUGUGUUACUUAGGGUUGGUCAGAUGGCCUUCAGAGGAGUGUCCGAGAAGAAGAUUGUGUUUACAGAUGGAGAUUUGAUCAAGUACAAUCUUCAGCCUUCCCAGUUCCUGUCCGGGUUCCUGAUGGAGCUUUUGGAGAGAGAGGAUUCUGCCCAGAGCGUUGUGUACACAUUCCCACACCUCACCAUCCAAGAGUUUGUAGCUGCAGUGACACAAUUCCUGAUCCCAGAUGGCAGAGAUAUUAAGAAACUCCUCACUGAAACCCACAACACGACAGAUGGGCGAUUUGAGGUAUUUCUCCGUUUUGUUGCUGGUCUCUCCUCUCCAAUGACAGCUCGGGGCCUGGUGGAGAUUCUGGGUCCAUUUCCUCAUGAAACAACCUGCCGGGUGAUUGACUGGGUGAAGGAGGAGGUUAAACGUCAGAUUGGAAACACAGGGAGAGAAGCUGGUAAAAGGAGCCUCCUGAACACAUUGCACUACCUGUUUGAGUCUCAGAAUCGUGGACUGGCUCAGGAAACACUGGGAUCUGUGAAAACACUUUCAUUCAGUGGAAUGACACUGACCCCGAUUGACUGCGCGGUCCUGUCUCAUGUCAUCGGACUCUGUGAUACAAUAAAACACCUCAACCUGGAGGGCUGCCACAUUCAGUGUGAGGGAAUCCAGCGGCUGGGACCCGGGCUGCACAAGUGCCAGGAGUUGAGGUAACUUGAUUUAUCUCUCACUCGGAACUGU